CGCUUUGCCAAGACAAGGCAUUGUUCACGGUUCACUAUGCCCGCAACCCGCGAGUCUGUAGAGGACGAUAGAGACGGCCUGCCAUAUCUGCAACGCAAUCGUUCCUCCUUGUCUGAAACUGUGAGAAGGAUAGGCGAAAACGAAGCCCGCAGCAGGUAUGAGGCUCGGGCCGAAGAGCAAGGCCUUGACGAGAAAAAGACGGCGAGCCCGAACUCUUCCAGCAACGAAGAUGAAAGAACGAUCAUUUCUUGGGACGAUGAUGAUCCAGAGAACCCGUACAACUGGUCCAAUACCAGAAAGUUUCUCAUCCUCUGCUUGACUAUGAUGCAAGUCAUCAACAGCACCAUGGGCUCGGCGCUACCUUCCAAUGCGAUUCCUUUCAUUACAGCCGAAUGGGGCGUCACUAACGAGCAGCAAAAGGUCCUGCCCAUUUCCGUCUUCCUCAUCGGCUACGUCUUCGGUCCGGUUGUCUGGGCACCCCUCAGUGAGCACCUCGGCCGUCGUACGCUGACCAUCAUCACCUUCGUCAUGUUCACCAUCUGGACCAUGGCUUGUGCUCUGGCGCCGAACUGGCCUGCGUUCCUUAUUUUCCGAUUUUUGACGGGGGUCUUUGCCAGCUCGCCCAUCGCCAUCGUGGCCGGUAUUCUCGCGGAUAUCUAUGGCAAUACCGAGUCUCGCGGCCGUGCCAUGACCGCCUUCAUGGUUACCACCGCCUUCGGUCCUCUCUUCGCUCCCAUUGUCUCCGGCUUCUGCUCCCCGACCAUAGGAUGGCGCUGGUCCUUCUGGAUAGCGCUCAUCUACGCCGGCGCCACCUUGGUGCCGAUCAUCCUCCUACCCGAGACCUACGGCCCGAUCCUACUCUCCCGGCGCGCUCGCAACAUGCGUAAACUUGACCCCUCCGCGAACAUCGUCGCCCCCCGCGAGAUGGAACGCACCGACUUCAAGCAGUUGGCCACCGUAGUACUGACACGUCCCUUGCGCAUGAUCAUAUUCGAGCCCAUCGUCAGCUGCACGUGCGCGUACCUCGCCUUGGUCUACACCAUCUUCUACAUGUCUUUUCAGGCAUUCCCCAUCAUCUUCCAGCAGCUUUACGGUCUGUCGCCCGGCGUGGCUGGACUGGCGUACCUUCCCAUAGGCGGAGGCUCACUGAUCGCGGUCCCCAUCUUCAUCGGGUGGGAGCAGGGCCAUCUCCGCGCUCAGCGUAAUGGCUCCGAAUGGGCGAAGCAGGAGGAGUUCCGGCGCCUUCCUCUGGCGUGCAUCGGCGGGCCGCUGUUCUUCAUCUCAUUGUUCUGGUUGGGCUGGUCGUCCAGGGAGGGCAUCAGCUUCGUCGUACCCAUGCUGGCGGGCAUCCCCUUUGGCGCGGGGUUCAUGCUUAUCUUUAUCGCCCUGCUGAACUACCUCACCGACGCCUACGAGAUCUUCGCCGCCAGCGCAAACGCUGCGGCCUCGACCAGCCGGUCUCUGUUGGCUGUCGUGCUGCCGCUGGCGACGACGCGCAUGUUUCACGAGCUGGGCAUCGCGGGAGCGUGCAGUCUUCUCGGCGGUCUUAGUGCCGUGAUGUGCAUCAUCCCCUUCAUCUUCAUAUGGAAGGGCGAGCAGAUACGGGCGGGAUCGAGGUUUUGUCUUGCGCUGAGAGAGAGGAAGGCGGAGAUGGAGAGGAAGGUCGAGGAGCAGAAACAAAAGGAGGAGGCGAGGAGGGCGUCACGGCAGAGCAUUCUGCCCGUUUCAAAAGCGGAGGUCUGAGAAAGAAUGACACGAUGAUUCGAGUAGGCCUGCAUCUAGAAGGCAAUCACUCCUCCAGGAUGAAACGGGAUGCCCGAGGCAUCAGCCUCGUCAGAGGGAGUUGGAGCGGACGGACCUAGUCGUCUGGAAAAAGCAAGGACCAACCAAUCAUGGCCAGGGUGAAAUAUGGAGGUACUAUACGGUGCUUCAUGUGAGAUGCGGUGAUCUCAACACAGCAAGUGGAUGGCUCAGUUUGGGCCUGUUUCGUCUUGAGGCGAAGGCGAAACCCCCCGUGGCGAUCUCCGGGGCAUGAGAGAUGAUGUGGAAUCUCGAAAUCUGGAGAGGACACAAGCCUAGUAGCGGGCUCCGGCAUCUGACACCAAUGGGCAUGGGGCCUGGCAUCGAAAUAAGCUUACACCAGCACAGUUGUAGCAAUACACGCAUAAUCUUUGAUACUGCCUGCCCACGAGGGCCCUUCCACCCCACCUAAGCGUAUUGGGUUGUUUUUGGCGAAGUUUAGCUCAAUCGAAGAAACACGGCAUGGAUAACGCUGCCCAUGGCUUUUUGGCCCGAGACAGCAAAGAACCGCGGUUCUCCAUUCUCGUUGAGACCCAUCUAUCCUGU